CGGCCGCGACGGGCACUCUGGGAGAUGUAGUUUAUCUUGGCGUCCCCUGCUCCUCUGGCUCCGGACCGAGGACUACAACUCCCAGGAUGCCUCGAGGCUCACUUUUCUUCCGAGGGCCGCGCAACUGAGAGAUUGGCGUUCGCGGGGCUCCCGACGAGAGACCAGGGCGAGCUGGGCUCGAGUGGGGUCCUGACCAGCGGCUAUGGCUGGGACAGGCCCCAGCGGCUGCGCCUCUGCGGGGAACGGCGCGUAACCCGGGGGAUUUCAGGGGCUGGGAGGAGAGACCGGCAACACCAGAGAUGACCCCCUCCGACUCCUUUCUUCCAAGGCAUGGGAAGGUCUGUCUUGGGAGGAUGAGCCUGAUGUGGGCAGAAUUCAAAUGAGCUGGACAGCACUGUGAGCAAGCUACAAGCAGCUCCCAGAGUCUUGAGAUGGCACCAAAAACCAAAAAGGGAUUGAAAGGCUCCAUUGAUGAUGUCCUCGGGGACCUCUUGGGGGAUGAGAGUAAGUGCCCCUUUCCCAGAAUCCCCUGCUUUAGGCUUAUCCUUUUUUUUUUUUUUAAUUGAAAUCUAAUUCACAUAAAAUUCACUCCCUUUAAGUACACAUUUCACUGGCUUUUAGUGUGUUCACAAAGUUAUACAACCAUCACCACGGUCUAAUUGCAGAACAUUUUCAUCACCCCGUAAAGAAACCCCAUGCCCAUUAGCAGUCACUCCUUACUCUCCCUUCCCUCAACCCCACUUAUUCACUUUCCUUCCCUAUGGGCUCGCCUGUUGGAGACGUGUGGUAUAAAAUGGAAUCACAUCGCCCAUGGCUUUUGCGUGUGGCUUCGUUCACCCACCGUGGUGUUCACGAGGUUCGCCUGCACCGUUCCUGUCUCCAUUCCUUCCUAUGGCUGGACGGUAUUUCAGUGUGUGGACGGACCGUGUUUUGCUGAUCCACUCCUGAGGUGCUGGACAUUCUGAUGGUUUCCACGUUUCGGCGUGGCUCUGAUGAAUAACGCUCUUAGGGACACUCGUGUACACGUUUUUGAGUGGCCAUAUGUUUUCAGUUCUUUCGGGUGUCUACUGAGGAAUGGAAUCACUUGCACGGUAAUUCGAUGUUUAACUUUUGAGGAGCCACCAAAGCAUUUUCCGUCUUACGUUCCCGCCAGCAGGAUACGAAGGUUCCAGUUUCUCCAUAUCUUCACACAGGACUUGUUACUUUGUCUCUUUGGUUAUCCCCAUCCUAGUGCAUGUGCAGUGGUGUCUCAUUGUGGGUUUGAUGUCCAUUUCCCUGAUGACUAAUGAUCCCGAAUCUGUUUUUUAUGAGUUGAUUGGCCAUUUGCAUUUCUUUGGAGAAAGGUCUAAUCAGCUCCUUUUUGAAAUUGGGUUGUCUGUUGACUGUUGAGUUGUAGGAGUUUCUUAUAUAUUCUGGAUACGAGGUCCUUAUCCUGUGUGUCCGCAUCUGCCCUGAGGAGCAGGGCUUCAGGGUCCUGGAACGCUCACCGGGGACAGCCAGGCUGAGGCUCCCCGCACCCAGCCCAGAAGAAGCCAUGGAUCCCAAGCCCUAUGUUCGGCCAAGAGCUUUGGGUGGCAGAGUGCAUCGCUCUUUCUGCCUUUCCCUGCAGUGUGGUGGGGUUGGGCUCUUCAUCCGGCACCAGUUGGCUUUCAGGGUUGACCUUCCUGCAAGAAGGUUUUUCUGGGGAGCUUGGUGGGGAACUCUCAGUCCUUUUCAUCUGGACUCCAGUUCCCUAGCCAAAUGGCACCUCUUCUGGUGUGUGUGUGUGUGUGUGUGUGUGUGUGUGUUUCCAGUGAUACUACCCGAGGAGCCUGUGAAACUAGCUUCCCGAGCCCGAGAUGCCAUGGCCGUAACCCAGGCGCUCCCUUCUUCAAGGGCUAGAACAAAGUUCCUCCUGGAAGACUGUGCCUUCAGCACCACAGCAGGCCUGACAGGACCUGAUGCUGAGAUUUCAGACAUCUCAGACGCAGACCCGCAGGCUCUCCUCCAGACCAUGAAGGAUCUGGACGACAUGGAUGCCGAUCUCUUGGGUCUGAAGAAGUCCGAUCCGGCCUCCAGCAAAAGAGCUGCAAAGGGCUCUGGGAAAGAAGAGUUGCCUAGUCAUCCUAAAUCUGCCGGCCUAUUAACAGCCAGUGAGAAAGGGGACACCAUUCCUGCCAAGAAGUCCCCUCCCUCUCCCAGCAACUUCGGGCAUCAGUACAGGAAGUUUUCCUUCGAAGACUUGGAAGACCCAUUGGCGGGACUUCUCUCCGAUGAUGAGGAAGGAACCACCAAGAAGCCACCCAGGACAGAGAGUAAACUGGCUUCCGAAAAGGGCACAGCCCCAGUCAGAGAUCAAGGUCCUUCUAUUCCUCUAACUCCUGGGGACACCCCGGUCCGAAAGAAAGAAGAAGUGCUAUUUGAUGAGGAGGAUGACAUCAUGGCCACCCUGGGCUUUGCAGACAGCCCCACAGCAGAAAGGAAGCAGAUGGGAGACCAGGAAGGGCCCCGUCCUGCUCGCUCCAGACUGGAUGAGCUGCUGGGUCGGGGGACUGCCACCAAACUCCUGGCUCGCCCGGGCACUGGGGAACACAGGGAGUUCAAGCUGGACAAGAAGUUCCAGAGGCCACAGGACAAAGAAGAUCCCUGGGGUGAUGAGGACUUCACCUUCGGGGCCUAUCAGCCCACUGUGGGCUCCUGCGAGGGCCGACAGUCCCACCGGCAGUCGGUCAGUAGGUUCUCAGCAGAAGGUGGCGCAGACCCCAAGGGAGAACCAGCCUCCAAACGGAGCACCCCAGUGGCCGCCAGCCCCACCCACCCCAAGAAGGGAGGAGCUGACUGGCUGGGCCUGAAGGACGAGGACCUGUUCCCUCCCUCCCCCACCAGAGAGGCUCAGAGGGGAGGGGAGGCGCUCUCCACUCCUUCUGCGCCCCCUCCCAGGAGCCAGCACUCUGCCCCAGCUGGACUGCCCACCUCCUCUCCGGGGGCCAAGCCAGCUCCAGAGGGUGCGGGUUUCCCUGCCAAAGCCGGCCAGCCUUCACAGCUGGGAGCAUCGAAGGAAAAAGAGGAAGAGGACUGGCUGAGCUAUGCCUUGUGUCGGAAGAAGUCCCGAGGUCUGGCCCGAGAGGAGCACACCGAGGCCUCCAGAGGCCAGCACUUGGUGGGGGCAGCGGGCAGUCCCCCUUCCAGCAGCCAGCCUGUUGCCAGCACUCAAGGGGUCAAGCAAGCGACUGCUGGAGGGUCCUCAGGAACAGCGGCACACAAGCCACCGGCAGGACCCACCACCUCAGGGUCCCCCGUGACUUGGAACCAGGCUGCCUUGGCCCCCCGUGUCGGUGACCCCCAGAGGGGAACAGCCCGUGGAGACCUCUCCAGCACCGAGGCUGCAGCCUGCUGCCCCGGCUCCCGGGAGACCACAGGGCCUUCUGUGCCUGUCCAGUCCCUGUUGCCAGAGUCCCUGGCACGGAGCCUGGUACCGGGCACAGAAUACCAGAGGCAGCUCCUGGCCGCACAGGUGCAGCUGCAGAGUGGCACUGCCGAGCUCCAGGCUGACCUUCUGCAGAGUCAGGCCCGGCUGGCAGAGCUGGAGGCCCAGGUGCGGAAGCUGGAGCUGGAGCGGACCCAGCACCAGCUGCUGUUGGAGAGCUUGCAGCAGCGACACCAGGCAGACCUGGAGCUCCUCGAGGGUGCUCACAGAAGCCAUGUAAAGAUGCUAGAAACAUCGUACCAGCAACGGGAAGAGCGGCUGCGGAGGGAGCACGAGGAGCUGUCGGCCCGGUAUCUGUCGCAGUGCCAGGAAGCCGAGCAGGCCCGUGCCGAGCUCACAGCCCAGCACCAGAGGCGUUUGGCGGCCGCCACACAAGAGAAAGACCAGGAGAUGGAGCGGCUCCGGGAGCUGCAGCGGGCCUCCAUCCUGGAGAUGCGCAAGGACCACGAGGAGCAGCUGCAGCGGCUGAAACUGCUGAAGGACCGGGAGAUUGAUGCCGUCACCAGCGCCACCUCCCACACGCGGUCCCUGAAUGGCGUCAUCGAGCAGAUGGAGAAGUUCUCCAGCAGCCUGCACGAGCUGUCCUCCCGCGUGGAGGCCUCGCACCUCAGCACGGCCCAGGAGCGGGAGCUGGGGCUCCGGCAGCGUGACGAGCAGCUCCGAGCGCUGCAGGAAAGACUGGGCCGGCAGCAGCGGGACAUGGAGGAAGAGCGGAGCCGGCUCCAGGAGGUCAUGGGGAAGACGGAGGCGCGCCUGACGGAGCAGAGCCGGCUGCUGGAGCAGGAGCGAUGGCGGGUGAAUGCCGAGCAGUGCAAAGCUGAGUCCACGCAGCGCGCUCUAGAGGAGCAGAGGAAGGUCAUGGUCCAGCAGAUCGCCAUGGAGCGGGAGGAGCUGGAGAAGGCCAAGAGCGCCUUGCUGGAGGAGCAGAAGUCCGUCAUGCACAGGUGUGGGGAGGAGCGGCGGCGCCUAGCGGCCGAGUGGGCCGACUUCUUCGCGCAGCAGAAGCUGAGUAAGGAGCGGGCCGAGCGUGAGGCAGAGAGGGCGCUGCAGGUGGACACCAAGCGGGAGGGCACCCUCAUCAGCCUGGCCAAGGAGCAAGCCGAGCUGAAGAUCAGAGCCAGUGAGCUCCGAGCCAAGGAGGAGCAGCUGGCGGCUGAGAGGGAGGCCCUGGAGCGGGAGCGGCAGGAGCUGCGGCUGGAGAAGGAGAGGGUCAGCGCCGCUGCCCUGCGCACCAGGCUCCGCGCCGAGGAGGUGGAGAGCAUGAGCCAGGUAGCCUCGGAGAAGUUUGAGGAGGGGCAGCGGGCGCUGCGUGAGGCCCGGCAGGUGCAGCAGGAGCAGCAGGCGCGGCUGCAGCUGGUGCAGCGGCAGCAGGAGCGGCUGCGGCAGCAGGAGCGGCACGUGCACGAGGCAAGGCUCCUCCCCGCUCCGGCGGCCCCCACAGACCCCUCUGGUCACCCACCCUCACAGCCACGUCCUUCUCUCUGGGGUCGGGGACAGGAGCACCUGAGUCUAGCCCAGCAGAGGCUGCGGCUGGACCGCAUCCGCCAGGACCUGCCCUCCGGCCCCGCGGCGCUGUUCCCUGGGACCCAGUGCCCGGCAGCGUCCUGCCUGAGCGCCACUGUGGCUCCUGCCCCCACCCCCCUCGGGUGCAGCCGGCCACCCGCCGGCCUGGGCCCCUCGCACCUCCACGCCAGGCUCAUGCUGCUGAAACACACAGCUGAGCAGGACCGUGACUUCUUGGAGAAUGAACAGCUCUUCCUGGAGACCCUGAAGAAAGCCUCCUACAAUAUGACAUCCCAUUCAGCCUGAAGGCUCCGCUGUCUCCUCAGCAAGGCCUCCAACCCUGGAAGUCUCUCCCACCGCCCCACCGGCUGCCAGCUCUGAGGAGUGGGUGCCGGGGCCUGAUUACAGCUCUUCCCGGGAACAGGGUGCAAGUGCGUUCUGUCUGAGCCCUCCAGCCAAUGCCUGGAGCCUCUAGGGCUUGAGGGGCAACGGCCUCUGGGAGGUGUGGGGCUGACAGCAGCCCUACGACACCACACCGCCAGCCGCUGGUUCUCCACCCCCGACCUGCAGCUCAGAUCCGAGACUCUGACUGGGCCUUGUGGACCUCCCCCUUCCUCAGCAGGCAGGAUACUUUCACCCGGGCGUCGUCUUGAAUGACUCCACGGGCAGCCUCCUGCCCCCUCCGAGAGGUCAGCAGAGCCUGCACGGGCUCUCCUCCCAAACUGGGACACGGGGUCAGAGCGCACGUUCUGAAGGGCCUUCUACCCUCCUGGCAAGGAGGCGGGCGGUAUUGUGGGGACAGGGAGGGUGUCGCCCACCCAGGUCUUGCCUCUCAGUAUGACAGGCUCUCAGCCUCAGCCUCAUUCCCAGCUGCCUGGGGAGCUGACCAGCCUUGCGCAGACACUGGCCUGUCGGCUUCUUCUGAUAGGGCUUCCCAGAGGCAGGACCCAGGUGACGGUGGGGUGGGGUGGGGUGUGGGGAGGGAACAGUGGAGAGGCUUCUCUGUCCUGUUCACCUGCUAUGAAGUCACAGCAGAUGGGAAAGAAGAAGGGGAGCGAGGGCCCCUGCCCUGGGAGGGUAGAGAGCACUGGGGAGCUGUGCAGGCCCGGACCGGACCCAAGCUGCCCCCCCGGGAGGGCGCCUUGGCACAUUUCCCUGCAGGGGCCUCAGGAGAGGGGCGGAGGCUUGGUAGUUGUCCCAGCAAACCUGAGGAUGGAGGGACUCCACUGACGUGACCACAGUUAUCCUGAAGUGGCUUCCAUCGGCCAGUGACUGGUUACCUUCCAUUAGAGGACAAAGGGCAGAGGAGGACGAGGCGGAGCGGGUACGAGCAGGCGCAUACGGGCUUUCAGAAGGAUCUCCGUGUACCAACAAUUUACAGCCUUCAUCUUGGACCCAUUAAAUUGCUAUAUUCUUAAUGACA